AUGGCAGCCUUGAUGUGCCUGCACACGUUUCGUAGUUACGGUUUGAAGAAAUUAGCGUUUCCGUUUAGUUUAGUCGCUAAACAACUUCUAAACAGCUGUAAUAGACAAUUAUUAACAAAUAAAAGACAAAAAUUAAUAAUGUCGUACACCACGGUAGAAUCUGGUGCUCCGCAUACAACUGAUUUCAAAAUUUACUUCAAAAAAGAAACUGCUAUCUCACCUUUCCAUGACAUUCCGCUAUAUGCAGAUGAGUCAAGUAAAAUUUUACACAUGGUGGUUGAAGUACCACGAUGGACUAACGCUAAAAUGGAAAUAAAUUUAAAAGAACCCCUAAAUCCCAUCAAACAAGAUGUUAAAAAUGGUAAACUUCGUUUUGUUGCUAAUUGUUUUCCCCAUCACGGAUAUAUCUGGAAUUAUGGAGCUUUACCUCAAACUUGGGAAAAUCCAGAAGUUUUGGAUGAAGCUACUGGACUCAAAGGAGAUAAUGAUCCUAUUGAUGUUCUAGAAAUUGGAUACAGGGUCGCUAAAAGAGGUGAAGUAUUGAAAGUUAAAGUUUUGGGAAUCGUAGCUCUUAUCGAUGAAGGUGAAACCGACUGGAAAGUCAUAGUAAUCGAUGUCAAUGAUCCAUUAGCUGAUCAAAUGAAUGAUGUUGCUGAUGUUGAUAAAUUUUAUCCAGGUUUAUUAAAAGCAACCGUUGAAUGGUUUAAAAUAUAUAAAAUUCCUGACGGCAAACCAGAAAAUCAAUUUGCUUUCAAUGGUGAAGCAAAACCUCGUGACUUUGCAUUACAUAUUAUUGAAGAGGUACACGAACAUUGGAAAAAUUUAAUUAAACGUGAUACUGAAACUCCAGGAAUAUCAUGUGCUAAUGUAACUGUAGAAGAUAGUCCUUUUAAAAUUGAUGCAAGUACCGCUGAGGAAAUUAUAAGUAAUGCACCUGAAUCAUCUGAGUCAGCGGGUCUAGAACCUGUUGUUGAUAAAUGGCAUUACGUGCAUCUCAAGUGAACACUAGUAUUGAACACGAAGGACGGGACAAGAUAACAUCGGAGAUAGUUUAUUUGCUGAAGAAUAACGCGAAUUAUUGCCUUCAUAUGCACCAUAUAUUUAACAUGCGCUUAAAAAUUUUUUACCAUGUAAAAAUUUAUCUUCUAUUCCAAUACUAUUCCUAAAUAUUUUAGUAUUUAUUACACUAUAGAAAAAGAACUAGCUAUAAAACUAUUUCUCCGUAUAAAUAGUAAAGGGUUGUGAAAUGCAUUUGUAAAAAAAAAUAAAAAAGUAAAAUCAGAAAAA